AAGGGCUCUGUGCAUUAUUCUUAUAACUAUGCACAGCAAGUCCAUAUCCCUUCUAAUGCUCAGCAACCAGGCCCAUCAUAUUUUAAAACUCCUCGAAAAUGUGGCCUUUUUGGAGUGUGUUACGAAGGGAUUCCCAGACAAGUGAACUAUCUUAUCGACGAAGCAGUUGAUGUUAGAAAGGGUGCAAAUUCCACUAUAAGUUAUGUACACGAUUUUUUUGAGUCGCAUGGGGCUGGGGAAACAGAUGCCCACAUCAAUGCUGAUAAUUGUGGGGGCAUAACAAAAAUAACUAUGUAAUCUGGUAUUACUGUUGGCGAGUUCUUUGUGGAAUGCACGAUUCUAUAUUGUACUCAUUUUUGAUUGCGGGUCAUACAAAGUUUAGUCCAGACUGGUGCUUUGGGUUGACGAAGCAGUCAUUUAGACGACGCUUCGUUUCUUCUCUUUUUGACCUCAUGGAGGUUGUAGAUAAGUCGACAUCAGUCAAGGGUGUCAACAUCGCUAAACUGUGUGGACUCCAUGAUGGCACCGUUUUAGUGCCAGUGUAUGAUUGGGUGACAUUUUUUGAACCGUAUUUUAAGAAAAUACCUGGAAUAAGCAACUUUCACCAUUUUCGCUUUCCUAAAGAGCACCCGGGCAUGGUUUUCUGUCGAACACAUGUUCACUCACCAGAAAUCGAAUUUCAAAUUCUUAAGGACCCCGCAGUGAAACCUCCUGCACACAAUCUGCCUCGCGUAAUCAUGCCAGUGGGCUUGAAUGAGGAAAGAAAACAUUAUUUGUACAGGGAAAUAAGAAAUUUCUGUCGCCCUGGGACAGAAAAUUUGGUUGCACCCGCGCCGUAA